GUCGGACGUACACCAGGUGUAGAAAUGGCUCUCGCUAUCUCUUCUCUUGCAUUCACUAUGCUUCUCCUGUCAGUACUGGUGGUAGUAACUGCUCCUGCAAGUGGUUAUGAAUAUGGCCCAAAACCAAAGCUUGAGAAACCUGCUAAGACUAAGACAGAAAAGGACCUGCUGGUUCCUGCCAUCAUCGGCGUUCAGGGACUUAUUUAUUGUAAAUCGGGCCCUAAACUCAUCCCACUUAAAGGAGCUGUAACAAGAAUAACUUGCCUGGCUGUGGAUGAGAAUGGAUACGAAUCAGCUCCAUUCUCGGUCUUGAGUCGGCCAUGUGAUGAAAAGGGUUACUUUUUUGCCACAUUGUCCCCUUCUCAGAUUGAAGAAGACGCAUGGUGGAGAGUCACCGAAUGCAAGGCUUUUUUGGCCAACUCUCCAAUAGAGACUUGUAAGGUUCCCACUGAUGUGAACAAAGGGAUUACUGGUGCCCCUCUUGCUUCUUACCGCCACCAUGGUGACAAAAACAUGAAAUUGCACUCCGUGGGCCCUUUUAUUUACACUUCGGACCCUAAACCAAUCUCCAACUCCAAGGGUUACUAG